UUUUUCUUACCGAAAGUUACUAUUUUUAGCUUGUUUUUCUUCCGAACUUAAUGUUGACUAAAUGUUGAUUUAAUCGAGCUAAUUAGAGCCUAUAAAACCCUAAUUAUCCUUAAAUCUAGCUUUUCUUUCCCGUAAUUUAGGGUUUUUCGGAAUUUCUAUAUCAAAUUUCAAUUUUGCUCAUCUUCUGGAAAAUGUGAUAUCGGAUUUGAAAUUCAUUUACGCCAUUCGCUUCAAGGAGAUUAGAUUCGAAUUAUUAAUGGUUCAAAAUUGUGGUCGUUAAAGAUAUCUCAUUAAUAUGGGUGGCCUCCAAAAUGAUCCUCUUUCACAAUUAAAAACCACUUGUGGGUCUCUCUUAUACGAACUUGAGAUAAUAUGGGAUGAGGUGGGUGAGUCUGAAGCAGCAAGGGAUAAGAUGUUAUAUGAGCUUGAACAAGAAUGUUUGGAAGUAUACAGGAGAAGAGUUGAUGUGGCGAAUCGCUCCAGAGCUCUGCUACGACAAGCUAUUGCUGAUUCGGAGGCAGAGUUUGCAGUCAUCUGUUCUGCAAUGGGAGAGCUUCCGGUACAUAUUAGACAGACGGAGCAAAAGGCUAGAAGCUUAAAGGAAGAAUUCAAUACCAUUCUUUCUCAACUAGAAGAGAUGCGAAAAAGAAAAGUAGACAGGAAGAAUCAAUUUCUUGAGGUCAUUGGACAGAUUCAGAAUGUAUUCUCCGAAAUUUAUGGAUCAGAUGGAUAUGAUAGCUCAAAGGCAGUUGUAAAUGAGAAUGACUUGACUCUAAGAAAGCUUGAAGAAUUGCAAAAAGAGCUACAGUCCCUACAAAAGGAGAAGAGUGGUCGCCUGAAGCAAGUCCUAGAGGACCUUACUGUUUUGAGCUCAUUGUGCUCUGUCCUGGGACUGGAUUUCAAGGAAACUGUAAGAGAACUUAAUCCCAGCUUAGCUGACUCGGAAGAAAACCAUAGUAUAAGUACACUUACACUACAACAACUAGAGUCUGCCAUUAAAAGACUGCGAGAGCUUAAGCUUCAGAGGCGGCAGAGGCUCCAAGAUCUUGCCACCAUGUUGUUGGAGCUCUGGAAUCUAAUGGAUACACCGGUUGAAGAGCAACAAGCAUUUCAACAUGUCACAUGUAAUAUUGCUGCUUCAGAUGAUGAAAUGACUGAUCCAAACAUGCUUUCAGAUGAUUUUAUUGAAUAUGUUGAGGCAGAAGUUUCCAGGUUAGAAGAACUGAAAUCAAGCAAGAUGAAAGAGCUUGUCUUGAAGAAGAGAGCAGAGCUGGAUGAAAUUUGUCGAAAGACCCAUUUGGUUCCUGAGUUAGAUGGUGAAACAGAAUAUCUCAUUCAGGCAAUAGAAUCAGGAGCUUUGGACCCUGCUUCUGUCCUCGAACAAAUUGAACUAGAAGUUGGCAAGGUCAAAGAACAAGCGUUUAGCCGCAAAGAUAUUUUGGAAAAAGUUGAGAAGUGGUUAUCUGCCCGGGAAGAGGAGGAAUGGCUCGAAGAAUACAAUAUGGAUGAAAACCGAUACAACGCCGGAAAAGGUUCUCAUCUCAUCCUCAAACGCGCAGAGAAAGCUCGAACAUUGGUUAAUAAGCUUCCAGGGAUGGUGGAAGCUCUGGCUGCAAAAACUCAAACCUGGGAGGAAGAAAGAGGUCUCAAGUUCAUGUAUGAUGGUAUUCAUCUUCUUUCAAUGCUUGAGGAGCACAUAAUAUUACGACAGGAGAAGGAACAACAAAAGAAACGACAUCGGGAACAAAAAAAACUUCAAGGACAACUAAUUAAGGAACAAGAAGUACUUUUUGGCUCUAAACCCAGCCCAAUGAAGUCUGCCAAGAAAAGUUCUAGAAUGUCUACAGGAGGAGGAAACAGUAGAAGGGUUUCUGUUGGAGGAAAUACGGUUCAAACAGCUCGACCUGACUCAUCUCAGUCUGCCAGAGGGACACCGAGUUCACGCCCUUCCAAAAAGGACGAUAACACAGGAGCACCACAAUCAACUGUGAGAAGGGUGUUGGACAAGAACUUCACAUUCAACGGCCGUGAAACAGAAUCUGCUGUGGUACGAAGACCUUUUUCGCCUAUUUCCUCCACAGCAUCAACACGAGCACAUGAGGACUUCUGUGAUGAUGAGAACAUAGCAGAGAACAACACUAUGCACCAGCAAAUAGUCUCCAAAAAUGACACAUCCCAGCAAAUAUAUAAUACACCCUCAAAGAUUAUUCCUUCUGCAGGUGAAGAAAACUGCACUCCAAAAGUAAUGCAUAUUUCUGCACCUACAACAACACCUUCAACAGUUUCAGCUCCAAUGCACACAUCAAUGACACCUGCACCUCUUCGACAACCUGAUUUUCAUGAGGCUGAUAAUUUUGUGGAAGUUAUUGAUGAAGAGGUAGAAUACUCAUUUGAGGAAAGAAGAGCUGGGUUUGUGCUGCCUAAUACACAUCUAAAAAGAGCUAUACCAGUAUGAGACUUUAGAACAGCUUUUGAUAGAAUUCUUUUAUUAUCUUACCUCAGUUCGAAAUUUGUUGUCAUAUUACUAGUUCAAAUUACACCGUAAGUGACUAUUAAUUCUGUACGGAGGGAGUAUAUAGUUAAUUACUCAAAUUGAUGGAUAAGUCAAAUGAUAUCUUUUGACUUCUUCAUCUUACCUGCACUUGUAAAUUGUUAUUGUGCAUGUAUUCUUUGUUGCUUGAAUUUGUCAUUUGUAAGAUACUUAAAUGAAAAUUCAAGAAUUAUUUUUCUUUUUUGACCAAUUGAUCA